UAUAAGAGGGGGGGGGGAGGGGUCGACAAAAAUUGACAGUGACGAUCCUGUCUCAUACCUACAUACGUGGUAGUAGCUCAUACCUACAUACAUGGUAGUAGCUGUUAGAAAGUUCUUGAAGAAAGCUAAAUUGCUAAAAGAUCUCUCACUUUCAGCCACAGAUACUGACAAAGUAAGAAAGAUACGAAGACAGGUGCAUAACUGGGAAGAAUUUCCUUCAAAUCCCUUUGCAUAAAUGCUACUCAGAAAAUCUAAGGGCCUAUUAUUUGUCAGUUAAUGGCGUCAAACAGAAGAAAAAUAGCAUAACUCAUCAAUAAACAUGUCUUCACUAAGAUCAUUUAGAUACAGAAGUAUGAGAUUUUUAACUUUAGAUUCUUGACUUUUCGUUUUGUCAGAAUUGAUGUCAGGUGUAGACCAGAUGAAGGAAAAUAAUCUGCAUUGCUGUUUCAGAGCUUAAAAUCUUUCUGUAAUCUGAUGGAUGAAGGUAACAAAAAAGCAAAUGAAGUCAAAAGUAUUGCAGAAAAGAGUUACAAAGAUAACUAUGGAAAAUUAGAUCAAAAGAUAGCUCCAUUUCGUAAAGAACUAGUUGCCAAAGAUGCUGAACUGAAAGAUAAGGCUGAUAAAUCAGAAAAGCUUUCAGCUGCUAUUGAAAAGGUUGGUGGUGCUUCAGUCACAUUAGUAAAAGGUAUUGUAAAUGGAAAUUGGCAAGAUUUGAUUACCGGUGCACUGGGUAUUAUUGGUGGUUUGGCUGCUUUAGCAGGUCCAGUAGGAGCUCUUAUUUCUUCUAUAUUGAGUGUCAUUUCAAUGUUAUUUGGAUUGUUUGGAGGAUCUCAAGAAGCAGAAGAAAGUCAGGAAGCAAUGCUUAAACGAGUAAUUGAUGAAGCUUUAACAAAAGCUCGUGCUGAAGAACUAAAAGCUGACGGUGAAGGGUUGAAGAAAUUAAUCAUGUCUAUUCGCAAUUCAUUGAACCAGUUUCGUGAGUCAGAAAAAAUAACUGCAGAUCAAGCAAAUGAAUUGUAUACUCAAGUUUUCACGGGUUUGACAUUUUUUGGGAAACUAAAAUAUGAAAUAAAUAAAUAUUGUGACUGCUCAAUUAAAGAUAACAAUAAAAUAAAAGAGGCAAAGGAGAAGUCCAGUAGAUGUUUAGAAUUCAUCAAUUUAUACUCGGAUCUUUCUAUAUAUCGUAUGUUGCUUAUUACUGAUAUGACAAGUCUUUUCAGUUCAGUUGAGCUUAAUGACACAUCAAAUAAUCUUUUAUUGCUACUUGAGAAAGAACAGAUUUCAGAUAAAGAUGUUAUUAUGUUUUUAUUUGACCCUAUUCAUAACCAUCGUCAACGACUUUGUAUUUCCCAAUACUUUGGUGCACCAAAUAAAUAUCCUACCAUUCAAGCUUACUCUGAUCUCUUAAAAACAGUUCCUAAAGGAAAGGUUGUUCCUAGUGAUGUUGUUAUUUGUUCAAGUGAAGAAUUACGUGGAUUAUGCCACAAAUUAGAUGCUAAAAUGUUUAAAGCUAAUGAUUUAGGGAAAUGGUCUGAAAGUAUAAAGUCUUUGUUUAUUUCAGAUAAACUUCAAGUAACUGGAUACAGUGGUGACAAUGAAGGUGUACAAUAUGGUCCAUUUUAUGGACCUACAGUGAUUGGAGUAUUACCUGGAGCGUGGAAAUCAAUUACUGUAGCACCUACAGACAAACAUGCUCAAAACAUGGUUCGUGUAUGUAUGGAAUACAACCUUGACCAGGUUAGCAGGUGUGACCAGCUUGAUGUUAUUGACUAUCCCGAUUUAAAAAAGAUUCAUGCUUUUGAUGGAGACGUUCGUGCUUAUGAAUUUAUUUCAAAAAGAGACUAUGAAGAUGAAAAAGUUAGUUCAAAUGAAGUGAAAUGUGUAUUUCCAUUUAAUAUGACAUUCCAAGAUAAAAAUAAAGUUACAAUUGAGAAGGAGUACAAACAUUGCACAGAUGACGGAGAUGAGUUUAAAAGAUAUUGGUGUGCUACACAAGUAUCGCAGGAUCGUAAAGUAUUAAAGAAAGGAUAUUGCAUCCCAAAUGGUGAUAUACUGACAACUAAAGGAUAUGGUAAAUGCAAAUUUCCAUUUAUUCAAGAUAAGCGUGUGUACACUUAUUGUACAUAUGGUGGUUACAGUUAUAAAUGGUGCAGAACAGAGGAUUCAUGGCAGGAAUGUGAAUUUGAUCAAAGUUGGGAAUUAAAAAUAGCAUCUCUUGUAAUUCCAGACAAAGUUCAAGUAGAGAUUUUUUCUGAAGAAGAAUUUGAAGGUCAUAAAAUUGGUCCACUGUAUGGGCCUAAUGUAAUUGAUAGAAUUUGUGGUGAAAAAAAUGCGAAAUCUAUUAAAGUAUCGUAUCAUAACAAAAAUGUUUCAGAUAUGGUAAAGAUUUGUAAUGGGGAAUCAUUUUCACAGUAUUGUGAUUAUCUUGAUGUGGGCAAAUAUGGUAAUAUCACUUUCCAUGGUUGUACACUUUCUGGUUCAGACAAGAUAAAAAGCAUGACUAUACCAUCAGGUAAAAAAGUUGAGUUGUGGACAGAGUAUGACUAUAAGGGAUUUUCGUUAGGCCCGUACGCUGGGCCAGUUUCUAUGCCUGUAAUUGAUGCUGGUGCAAGCAUUGACACUUCAUACGAAGUCAAGUCUAUGGAAAUCACUAACAUCGAGCUAACUAAAGCUGUUGACUUAUUGCCUACAAACUCUACGAUAAUUUUAGAGAAAAAAAAGACAAAAAAACAUGGAUACCAAAAGAAACCAACUGCAAUUAACUAACUGUUUAAAUAUGGUUUUUUAUUUUCAUUUUAUUUUUUUAUAUAUAAAAUAUGACAAAUACAUUUUAAUGAACCUUAAUGAAAUACGAUAUGCAUAAUAUAUUAUAGAUUAAUAUUUUAUUUUCAGUACCUUGUAAGGUGUAUAAACAUAGAAUUUUGGCCCUUGUUGAA